AUGAGUGCCUUCUGUGAACAUACAACAAAGCAAAAGAUAUUAGAGGAGUUAUCCGACUUUAAAAUUGCCAACCAAGAUGUUCGUCAGUUGCAUAUUCUUGUGCAUGGCCCAAUUGCAGCGGGAAAGUCCAGUUUCAUCAGCUCCAUUGCAAGUGUCUUUAAGGGCCGAAUGGUUCAAAAGGCUUUGGCUGAGGCUGCUGAGUGUGACCACAGCUUCACCAAGAAGUUUAGCACAGGAAAACUCAGGGAUAAAGACGGGAAGGUCCUGCCUUUUGUCAUCAGUGACAUCAUGGGACUGCAAGGUGCUGAGGCAGCUGGGGCUCGUACUGAUGAUCUUGUGAUGGCUCUGGAGGGUCAUCUCAAAAGUGGAUACUGUUUCAACCCUGUAGGAUCUGUGCAAAAAGAAGACACGUUCUACAACAGUUGCCCCAACCUGAAUGAUAAAGUCCACUGCCUGGUCAGUGUCCUACCUGGAGACAAAAUCGGCCUGAUGGAAACUGAACAGGUACAUACUGUCAUCCGAAAACUCCGGGAAAUCAGAAAGAAGGCCAGUGAACUGAAAAUCCCUCAAGUUGUUGUCAUGACAAUGGUUGAUAAGGCCUGUCCUGAAGUCAGCAAAGACCUGAAGAUGAUCUACAGAAGCAAGAAGAUUAAAGAAAAGAUGCUGGAGUGCCAGAACAAGCUGGGUGUCCCCAUGAACUACAUUUACCCAGUGAAGAACUACAGUGAGGAGGGGGAGCUGAACAACGAUGUAGACACUCUGCUUCUCUAUGCUCUGAAGAACAUCCUCAACUUUGCCAACGACCAUGUGGAAGAUCAACUGGACAACUGAAGCCAUUUAGAGAACAGAGCAUGUGCAGACUGUUUGUUCACAUGUAGCACUGCAUGCAAAUGCAGCACAUUUACAGAAUGGCAUGAGUAUGGAUUUAAUACUCCUAUUGUUGUAACUUUCUUCACAUAUGUCUACAAUUUUUUUUGCUUGAUUCCUCAUGUUCUACAAUGCCAUGUCCACAUCUUCCACAGAUUGUGACAGAUUUUCAGGGGUUGCUUUGGUGUGGGCACAAGUUUGACGUAUUCCUCACUUCUUUCGCUGUUGCUGUCAAUACUGCAGGUGCAAAAACAAGUCUUUACUGACAAGUUAGCCUUGGAGAUGGUUUUGAUCUGGACACAGCUUAACAUUUUUCGCUAAGCAACAGAACUUUGUGUCAAGUGUGUAAAAUGUAUUUUUGGCUGUGUAAGGUUCAUCACUUUCCUAACGCUUUGCGUUCCACACUGCAAUGUAUUGCGUUGAUACCCACAGUUAUUGCAUUGGACCAACAAGUAUGAACAAAUUCACCUUCUCAUCAGAUCAGUCUGACAUAUAGAUUGGGUUUCCCUCACGAAAAUCGACCACAGUUUACUAAGGUUUUACCAUGGUUUUCAUGCAGUAACCAUAGUAUCAUGGUCAUAGUUACUUUAAGUACUCUGAACCAACCAUAAUGUUACUAUGGCUAUCCACGGUAGUCACCAAGGUUUUACUACCAUAUUUCAUGGUGAUUUGAAGUACUGUGAACUAACCAUAGUAUGACUGUGGUCCAUAGGACAUCGUGGUUACCCAAAAUAACAUGAAAACUAUGAAGAACUACUUGUGAGCAGCCGUGGUGUAAUGGUUAGGGAUUUGGACUGUACAUCACAGCAUCGCAGGUUCGAAACCUGCCCUCACCACUCCCUACACCAAGUGUCGUUGAGCAAGCAACCUAAGGUCACAUUGCUCCAGGGAUUAUAACCAAUAGUCUGCAAUAUCUGUAAGUCACCUUGGAUAAAAAAGUGUCAGCUAAGUGUAAUGUAAUGAAUAACUAGAUCAUGGUAAAAACCAUGGUUAGUUUUCAUAGUAAAACCCUGGUUAAUUUUCAUAAUACCAUGGUUAAACCACGUCACACAGUAAAACCAUGGUUCAUUUUCGUAAGGCUUGUGAUGUUACAGUAGAUUAUCACUAUCAGUAAUGGAUGGUGUAAAUAUCAAACCUGGACUAAUAGCCCCAACAAAACUGACUUGUCUCAAAAGGGGUUUCACUGACUUUGUUAAGAUCGUUAAAGGAUAUCACUGUUACAACUGAAAAUGUCAAUGUGUGUUAUAUAAUGUUAUGACUUUUGAAUGAUGACUAAUAUCAAGUUUACCAAUCCGUGCCAGUGCCACACAUUUUCCGUAAGGUGAACUCACUUGCCUGUUACUAAUUCACCUGCUCUCUCUCACUUAUAUUGUAUUCUAAUGUAUUGGUUUUAUACUAAUGCAUUACAGGCUGUAUGGUUGUACUCAUGAAAGGAUUUGUUACAUUUUUCACAAUUAGGUAGGCAAAAACCCCACACGUUAUACGCUCAUGUUACAUUCCAAUUUUAUUCUACCUAUGUGAAUUGUAUAACCCCUUCUACUGACACACAUACACACACAUACAUAUGCUCUGACGUACACAACCCCCUAUGUUUAAAAGACUAGGAAGAUAUUGCUGUUACAGUAUACUUAAAUAAAAAAUAUAUUUCA